CAGUUGGCUGAUGAAUUACUAAUGCAUUAUGCCUGGUGUACGCCUGGUAGAAAUCGUACCAAAAUGAAAGGAACUAUCGACACGAUGAUUAAUGGCUCUUAAAAAAUGUUGGAACUUUGGCCUUUAUCCGUCUUUUACCGAGUAUAUUUUGGAACAAUGAAGUUCAAAGAACGUUUUGGAUUUUGUGUGUGCAUUGUUCUCCUCGUAAUCCCUUUUAUUUGGUUACGAAUGCGCGUGGCGGACAAAAAGCAUCCAUUGUCGUUUACUGUUAGUAAUCAGAAUUCACGAUUUCUUACGGAUGAAACGGAUUAUAACGGAAUCGACCAUUCUCAUGUCAAUAUACAACAAUCAGAGGAAGGAACAAAUCAUCUCAAAACGAAUCGUGUCUCUAAAGAUGUGGAUCGUUCACUAGAAAAAAGAUCCGUACAUACAGAUACAAAUAAUGGGGAAAGGGUCGGUGAAAAGAAGGUAGAGAGAAAUAUUGGAAAAAAUAACGAUAUAGACUACGAAUUGGAUGACCCCUGGUCAAUAUGGGAAAGCAUGGUAAAGUCGCGACAGAUAACUUCGCCAGAUGAUGCAGAUGGGGUGAACAUGAUACUAGAGGCAAUGAUGUAUAAACCGAUUGUGGCAGCCGGCGUUGGCUACAGAGGGACACAGUUAAAAGCUACUCUAACUCUUGAGGGAAGACAGAAAGUAGUUUUCAAGCCAAUGCGGUACCCUAGAGAUUUUAUAGUAGAGGGAACUCCAUAUGCUGGUUUUGACAGACACAAUGGAGAGAUUGCUGCAUUUCAUCUGGAUAGAAUUUUAGGUUUCUACCGUGCACCACCAGUUGUUGGAAGAAAAAUUAACUUAGAAGAUGAAAUUGAACCAAUUGGACACAAGCGGCUUAUGGACACAUUUUUUAAGAAGGAUGGAAAUACUUGCUUCUAUGGCCAGUGCUACUUCUGUAAGAAAGAGAAUGCUGCCUGUGCCAAUGGUACAAUGAUGGAAGGCUCAGUAACACUGUGGUUACCAGAAGGAUGGACUCUUGGAAAGUGGGCACAUCCUUGGAUAAGAACAUACAGGGAUACCAGAAAGGCUCUAUGGGAGACUGACGAUAACUUUUGCAAGAGCAAGGUAUUGAACAGGUCUCCUUAUGAUUUUGGUCCUCGCUUGUUAGAUCUUUUGGACACAGCACUAUUUGACUUUCUUAUCGGAAAUGCAGACAGGCAUCAUUAUGAAACCUUGAAAGACGAAGGAGACACUGGAAUGCCAUUACAUCUGGAUAAUGCCAAGAGCUUUGGCAAUCCUUUCCGCGAUGAAAUGUCCAUUUUGGCUCCUAUUUAUCAAUGUUGCAGACUUCGCCUUUCUACUUGGAACCGCUUUCAAUCUAUCGCCAGGGGAAAGACGCCUCUAAGUGAACUUUUGCGAAAAGCCACCGAGAAUGAUCCUGUGUCACCGGUUCUUUCCGAUCCACACUUUAAAGCCAUCGACAGACGAUUGAAAAUUAUCAUCAAUACAGUGAAUAAGUGCAUUAGAGAUUACGGAGAGAAAGGAGUAUUAAUUAUCGAGGAUAUGGUUUGAAAUUUCAUCUCAAAAGCAGUAUUUAUUUGGAAGAUACUUUAGAUAAAUCUAUUUAUCAAAUGACCCGCCCAGCCCCGCUCGUGCAAUCCCAAAGAAAACCAUAGUAAAAGCUAACGUGUGUAGGGCCGGGCGGGUUGAUGUGAACCAGUCCGGGAAAAGCCAUCCGGUCCCAGUGCACUCUUUUUGUACGGCGACACUGUUCACUGUGGUUGCAAAAAAAAAAAAACUGCAAAUAGUCUAUUUGAAGAGUCGUAUUCUGGAAAUUUACAUAUUUAUAAAUGGAUUUAUCUUCAUGUUCUUCGUGAAUUUAUUUAAGAGUACACUCUCUUAUUUUAAACAACAUUCAAAUUUUCCUAAAGACAUUGUAACGUCCAUUAAGGAAACCAAAGUCAAAUGCAGACCGCGGGUAAAGUUUAAUUUACUGAGUCAUAUAGAAGUUAUUUUAAAAGAUUCAUAAGGUCAAAGUCGUACGAUUGAUUUUUUUAAGGGAGAGAAACAGCCCAUUUCGGAAUUACCUUUAGCUUUUUUCAAAGCAAGUCCUGGUGCUUAUCCUUUCAUUUGAUAAUAGGUUUUCAUUCACAUGUAAAUUAAAUUAAUUUUCCCAAGAAAGGUUGAGCACCAGGCUUCGUUUUGAAAAUGAGGACAAGUGUAACUUGGAAAUGGCCUACUGGAAUUACCUUGGGCCUCUUUGAAAGCGAACCCUGGUGCUCAUCCUCUCAUAUCAUGAUAGGUUUUCAUUCACAUGCAAAUUAAACUCAUUUCACUAGAAUGGUUGAGCACCAGGCCUCGUUUUGAAAAUAGCUUAAUUUACUCUUCAGAUCAAAUAUGAAAAUUACAUCAAUUAAACAGAAUUAUUAGUUUUGCAGUCUAUUAACUUAUUCCCUAAUACUUUAGGUGUGAAUGUGUCAUUCAGAAUCGUAAAGAUAUUAAGGUAUUUUUUUAAUAUAUUAACGUUGAGUCAUAGAUUGCCGUUGAAGCCCACUGGCUAUGCCUAUAAGAAUAUCGUCAUUAGCAGUGAACGAUAGCGCUAAUUCGUCAAUUCGUCGCGAACAAAAAUACACGAAUACGGGUUUUUCCCAUGGGAUUAAAUCUACCAAUUAUAAGGGGCCGGGUGAUUUUGAAAAAAAAAAUUCUGCAAGCGCUUGUUGGAAGAAAAAAAUUGCAUGCAGCCCAAAUGUAACAGA